AUGACGAGACUUCGAGACUUCGUCUCACGCUUGAGAAAACACCUGAACAUGUGGAAUGCCGGUACCGGACUGCCGGGGCCAAAUCCAUACCCCCCCAACAUUGCAUGUCCUGGGGGUUCCAACCCUGUCUAUCCACCACCUGGCAAUCCUGCUUUUCCUCCAGGCUCCUUUCCCACUCCCCCAGGAGUACCUCAUGGGAAUCCAGCCUUGCCCCCAUGUGCACCUCCACAACCUGUGCCCCAGCCAGGGUAUCCGGGAUGCCACCCCCCAGGACCCUAUCCACCUCCUUACCCACCACCUGCCCCUGGCAUGCCUCCUAUGAAUCCCUUGGCUCCUGGCAUGAUGGGACCAGGAAUGGUGAUGGAUAAGAAGACACGGAAAAAAAUGAAGAAAGCUCAUAAAAAGAUGCACAAACACCACAAACAUGGCAAGCAUUCCUCCUCCUCCUCUUCCAGCAGUGACUCUGACUGA